GGCUUGAGUGAAUAUAAGAGAAACUUCAGAUGGAAAACCCCAGAGUUUUGUAGCCCGUCCCAACAGCAGAAAUCUCUGUGGGCAGGACUUCGGUCGGAUCAGUUUGGAAUCACAAGAGAACCAAACUUCAUUUCCAAGAGAAGGGUACCUUACCAUGAUCCGCAGAUUUCAAAAUCCUUUGAAUGGACAGCAGACUGUGAUUUGAAUGACCCACCUGAAACUGAAGCUCUUAGGACUGCAGAGUUGCACACAGACCACGACAACGACAAUGAUGUGAAUCAGGAAGAAGUUGAAACACCAGAAGGACCCAGACUGCCGCCAAAAGUUCAGUCACAUUCAGUAGAUUCUAGAGGUGAAACAGCUCUUGCCCUUGCAGAAGACAACAUGGAAAGAUCGCCCUCUGAUGCUCCACCAAAUCAAAAUGAAGCAUUUUCCUCUCCACAAAAAGAAUUAGAAAAAAUUGAUAAUGGGCUUCACAGAGUCCUUCAGAGGAAAGCAGGCAUGAAUAUUUCACGUUUAAAUACUUUCCCCAGGAGUUCUGAAUAUCAAAGCCAGUUUGUUUGGAAGAGUCCUCAUGAAAAGUCACCAAUACUUGCAGCUGAACAGGUUAUUUGCAACACAAGUAAACCCAUGCCUCUGUUUAAAUCUCCUGCAAUUACUGCUGAAACUGCACCUGAGAGAAAUCUCAAAGGGUCUUCUCCUGUUCAGGGUCCGCAAGAGAGAGGUGGUUCAGAAGAGAGAGAAUUUCUGGUUUGUGAACAAAGUAAGAGGGAAGAACCGUUUCAAAAGCCAGCAGAAGAUGCAGCAAAACAAGGGAAAUCAGAACAGAAACAUCCUAAACAAAAAAAUAAGCAACAUAUCAGUCCAAAGCCCCUCUCUUUACAUACAAGUCGUGGGAAGAUGAACACUGAGUAUAGAUCAAAAUUUUUGUCUCCAGCCCAGUAUUUUUACAAAGAUGGAGUUUGGUCUCGUAUCAGGAGUAAAGUUCCCAACCAGGCAUCUCAAAACACCCUAAAUUCCAUGUGGUAUAUGGAGGUGAGAGAACUUCGAGAAAGAGCAAAGGCUUACAGGCAGCGAGUAGAGGGAACACACUUCUCCCGAUAUCAUCUCAAUCAGAUCCUGUCUGAUAAUAACAGUCUUUGGGAUGUGUCCUCAAAUUCCAGUUCAGAAGAAGGCAUCAGCAACAACAUCAGAGCACUGGAUCUUGCUGGAGUUUCUGAAAAAGAGACUGCACCAAGCCCCAAAAUGCUGCAGCAACCUGCCUCCAGAGAAGAGCCACACCAGGGCAGCACUGAAAAGAGAGACAUGUCAGAUGCUUUAACUGUUCCAGUCAAAAGGCGUUUAGCUUGGGGUGAACAGGAAGGUACUGAAGAAAGGGAGAACAGGCCAUCAGCAGAACAGAGGGAAAAACAAGAUGAACAGACUGCAGUCGUGGCUCGGCAGUUAGAGGAAAAUAAUAAAGAUGCCAAUGAAGAUAAGAAAAUUGAAGGUGAGAAUGCCAUAGCAUUGAAUUCUCCUGCAGCUGUGUCAGAUUCUUCUGUAUUGUCGAGGACAGGGGGCAGGCUUCCUACUCCAAAGCUGAGAGCGCUUGGUGGAGCUCAGAGGACUCAUCAUGAUCUCACUACUCCAACUGUUGGAGGUGCGGUUCUAGUGUCUCCUCCUAAACUCAAGUCUUCAUCUUCACAGCAGAGAUCACGAGGUUUAGGAACAGACCCUUCUUCAGCAAGGCAACGUGCAAGAGAAGCUUCAAAAAAGAGAUCCUUCCGGCCUGAUGUGGAAGUGGAAACUGUUUCACUCCCUACCUCUCCACCUGCUGGGCUCAGAACUUUGGAUCCUCUGCCACUUAGGCAGGAUCAUUGGCCUCCUAACAGUGUUUCUGAUGAGCGAGUUCCUCUUGCUUCAGCCCAUCAAGAGCGUUCCUCUACACCUCCUGUGCUGAAGUCAGCCAAAAGCUUCUUUGUGCCUUGCUGGAGUCCCUCUCGUCGUAUUCGAGGGACUCUCAAAGAUCCAGAAUUCCAGCAUAACAGGAAUGUGGGCAAUCCAAAAAUGAGAACUUUCCAGUUACCUCUUCAGGAAAGAAACUAUAAUGACGAAGAUGACAGGCUGUCUCAGAUUUCUGCUCGCUCAGCAGCAUCUAGCUCACUUGCAUCUCAGAUACUGGAACGAGCUCAGAAGAGGAAAGAUUUCUGGGGCAAGACAUAA